AUGCGGACAGAAACACAAGGCAAGAAGACAAAAUAUGUCAUUCCUCGGCCACGGAAUCUUUACAACUUCGGCGUUGCCUUGUUCGUUGCAGUGGGAUCUCUAUGCUAUGGCUAUGCAUCCUCAAUCUCCGCCGCCCUGAUCGGACAACAAUCAUGGUACGACUACAUGGGUCUCGAGUCGGGAACAGCUUACACCAACGCCAUUCUCGGCGCCAUCAACGGCGUCUACGCUGCUGGCGGUGCUUUCGGUUGUGUCUUCAACAUGUGGUCGUCAGAGUAUUUCGGUCGCAAACGCAGUAUCCAGAUCGGAUGCAUCAUCUCAAUCGUCGGAGGGACGAUCAUGACUGCAAGUGUGGAUGUCGGCAUGUACGUCGAUCAAAGCCAUCAACACGACCGCAUGAGAUGGCAAAGAUGA